AGAACAGGAGGAGGAGGAAGAAGAAGUUGGGCAGCCAUGGCCGCGCUGCAGGUUUAAGAAGCCAUGGCGUGGGCCCAUCUUUACUUAUCCUUCGCUGCCCUUCUGACCCAUUUGUCUUUACCACCAUCACCUCACAGAUUUUUGUUUUUGCUGUUCCGUUUUCAGGAAUCUGUUCUUGCUCACUGUUGGGUUCCCUCACAAUCCUUUGCAUUGAUGCUUGUUUGUGAGUCGACGUGCACCUCAAACCUUGCUGGGUUGGCUUCGACACCCAUUUGUCAGCUCUGAAGAUGGCGCAAUUUACGAUGCAGAUGCGGGCGGUGACGAAUCUGGAAAGUUGUGGUCAAGCAGUGGCAGCGAGCAGGGAGAAUGGUUUUGGAAAGGUGGGGAUUGCGGCUGCUGCUUCGAGGUUGGCUAGUGGGUCGCAAGGAUGGCGGCCGGCUGCCGUGACGCACCUGCGAGUGGCCGCUGCUCGGCAUGUGACGUUUCAAAGGCAGUGCGAUUUACUGUUAGUGAGGGCUUCGGAAGAACCAAAUGGUGAGGGAGCGGGUGAUGACAUGAGCGGAUACGGUUUGGGUGGCAAGGGCUCCUUCUUCGGAUUCGGACGCUUUCAAGAGCUUCAAGUGGGUCGUCUAGCUAUGGUCGGCUUUGCGGCUGCUGUUAUCAUGGAGGUUAUUACUGGUAAGGGUGUUCUUGGACAACUAGGAAUCAACCCCCUGGCUGUGAAGGGACCUUUCCUUGCAGGUUUUUUGUUCCUCCUCAUCGGCGGACUUCUAGGUGGUUACGUUGUCAUCAACAACCCCCCUGACACCAGUAAAGCCCCUCCCAACGACGGUGAUGGGCUGCCUCGAAAUCCUCUGAAGACCUAUGAUCCUCAGAACAUUGAUCCCCUAACAACCUUCACGCGAGGUGGAGUAGUGGACCGACCCAGUGGACAGAAGGGAAAAGAGCCAUAUGUGUCUGACUUGGACCUUCCUCCCCCUAAGAAGUAGACAACACUAACUAGCCGAAAACCCCAGAGCUCGAAUCUUGAGGUUGCACAUGUAACAUAAUAUUGUCAGGGUGAUAUGCGUGUCAAGGAGAGCGGCCAACUGUCAGAGACCUGCAAGCAUGUUGUUUCAAGUAGGACGUGUUACCCGAGUUGUUAAGUAUACCAUGCAACCUGUGCUGUAGGCGUGGUACCACAAUAAUCUAUUUCAGCCUGACACUGUGACUUUCUCUGUAGUUCAAAUGACGAGCUAAAAUCUAGUAUGUAUGCGUCCGGCAAGAGAAGAUACUACUUUUGCUUUGUAAUUAGGUCGAUCAGAAUUUUUAUGUUAGGUUUCACGUCUACGGGAGCAAGAUUAUUGUGUUAUGUACACAAAAUCGCUGGCCUUUCAGAAAUUUAGCAUGCAUCGGCUGCAAAGUCUGCAGCGUUGUUCAGUGCUUGUAACUGUCCUCAACAUGUAUCAUUUUUAAAAAAAUAAAAUAAGAAAUAGUUACAACUAAA